GUAGGCCUAUAUACUUCAGGUGUUGGUAAUGAAGAAAGUAAACAGAAGGCUCACAGUAUAAUGAACAACGGUUUACACAUAAGGAAAGCACUACACUUAAUUUAAGUUUAGUUUCUUUCUGGUUUGAGUAUCCAAAGAGUGCAUACUGCUGUUGUUUCUUUGGGUGAGACAUUUUACCCGUAAUAAUUAUCAUGAUGUGAUGUGUAAGUGAGUGGUUGGAGAAGUGAAACUUUAGUGCAGAAUGGUAACCACACUGCCCAGAGCAGCUGUGGCCAUCACUGACUCUGGGGAGCGAGUGAUACCUGUUUGACAGCGCUCUGACAACCUCAAAAAGUGCAAUACAAAACCAGGCCAUGGUUAUUAUUUUUCAUUAACUCUGAACAAGAGAAUCAGUCAUCUUUGGUUCAAAGAUAACUGACAGGUCAUUCAGGCGUGUGGAGAAAAGGCAUGUCUUGGCAUUCAUAUAUUUGUUUCAGUUGUCUUAGCUCAUCUAUGUCGCUCUUAAAAAACUUGAUAUGGCUUUUGCACAGUAAUGUUUGUUCAUAAAUGAUGAGUAGAUAACUUCUUCCUUAUACACAGUUUACUGUAAGAGCUUCUUAUCCAAACCUCUGGCAUUUGAGUGUCAUUCCAGAGGGUUUUGAGGCUGUCCCUUACACACGCAUGACUUCACCAAGUGCAGUCUGUUCCUGACAAUUAUGCAAGUCAGGGCAGCUACAGCUAAGCACACGCACAUCCUACACACACUAUGACAGUAUCCACAGAGUAGUCCUGUGGUCCUCCAGUGGUCAGAGAUUGUACUGCAAGUCAAAAUUCCUGUGACUGACCUCUGGCCUUUUCUAGAAGGCUACGAAGGCUACAUGUCAGAGCUUCACAGAAUGAUUAGAAGAGAUAUUGAUAGAGACAAACUUGAAUUGUCCCUUGUCUGACUGCAAAAAAAGUAUAUUCAAUAAAUAAGAAGGCAGUUUACAGAGAGUCAAGUAAGGCAAAAAGUAAGUCAAGAAAGUUUGUAAUAGUUCAACAUGUGCCAAACGUUUUGUAACUUGGGAUCAGGACAUUUCAUGCUUAUGAGACAAGGGUUGGGAAUUUAGUUGACAAAACACUUAAUAAGUUACACUACAUCCAAAUCUUUGCCUCCCUCCUCUUCAUAUUCACUCAGUCCUAUGAACACAUCAGCCCUGUCCUCCAGAACCUGCCUCCUCUUAGAUGUGUUCCAGCCCCACACUCCAUCUCACUCCCUCCGCUCCUCUGACACCAGCCUUCUGUCCCUUCUCUGUGGGACCUAUCGCUCCGAACCUGGGGAGACAGAGCCUUCUCCAUCGCCACCCCCACCCUCUGGAAUUCACUACUUCAGCAACUCUGCUCAGUGCCCUGCAGACAGCAGUAUGCACACACACAUGCCCUGUGUUAUAGACUGAGCUAAGAUGUCCGACAUGCAAGAUGCACUGCUGCUGGGGUCUGAGGGCAUCAGGAAGACUAUUCUGCAUGGAGGAGCAGGAGACAUCCCCAAGUUCUGCACAGGGACCAAGGUGACUUUCCACUUCAGGACACAGUUGUGUGAUGAUGAGCGGACGGCGAUAGAUGACAGUAAAGUUGUAGGAACACCGAUGGAGAUAGUGAUCGGAAACAUGUUUAAGCUGGACAUCUGGGAGACACUGCUGGCUUCUAUGAGGGUCGGAGAGGUGGCCGAGUUCUGGUGUGAUACAAUUCACACUGGCGUUUAUCCACUUGUGGCCAAAAGUAUGAGACGAAUAGCAGAAGGCAAAGACCCAGUGGAGUGGCAGAUGCACACGUGUGGAAUGGCCAAUAUGUUUGCUUACCACAGUCUUGGCUACGAGGACCUGGACGAACUCAUGAAGGACCCCAAACCAUUAUACUUUGUUUUUGAGCUGAUCAGGGUCCAGCAGCCAAACGAGUAUAAUAGGGAGUCUUGGGCAUUGAAUGACGAAGAGAGGUUGAAGGUGGUGCCGGUUUUGCAUGGCCAAGGCAAUAAGCUCUUCAAGCAGGGCCACUACCCAGAGGCAGCUCAGAAGUACAAAGAAGCCAUCAUCUGCCUGAAAAACGUACAGACCAAGGAGAAAGCAUGGGAGGCUCCGUGGUUAAAGCUGGAGAAGAUGUCCAACACUUUAACUCUGAACUACUGCCAGUGUCUGCUGCGCAUGGAGGAGUACUAUGAGGUCAUCGAGCAUACUAGUGACAUUAUCAACCAGCACCCGGGUGUGGCAAAAGCGUAUUACCUGAGAGGAAAAGCCCAUAAGGAGGUGUGGAACGAGGCAGAGGCCAGGCAGGACUUCAGCAGAGUGCUGGAGCUUGAUCCUGGGAUGAAGAAGUCUGUGAACAAGGAACUGGCUAUGCUGAACAUACGCAUGGAGGAGAAAAACCAGGAGGACAAGCAAAAAUACAAGGGCAUGUUUUAAACGAU